AUGCGGGGUCCCCAGGAUGAGGUUGUCAGGGUGGCUCUGCUGUAUGAGGCUUCCUGCAGGGCUGCUGCCUCCCACCUUCCCAAGCUCUGCAGUCUGCGCCUGAAGAAACUCACGGUGCUGAAAGAGCUGGACAAAGAGCUGAGCUCUGUGCUUAUCGCUGUGAAGAUUCAGGGUUCAAAGAGAGUCCUGAGGUCAAAUGAAUACGUCCUCCCGCCUGGUGGCCUGAUGGAGACUGAGCUGGAGCUGACCUUCUCACUGCAGUACCCACACUUUCUCAAGAGAGAUGGCAACAAACUGCAGAUCAUGCUGCAGCGGAGGAAGAGAUACAAGAACCGCACGAUCCUGGGCUACAAGACCCUUGCAGUGGGCAUCAUUAACAUGGCCGAGGUGAUGCAGCACCCGACGGACGGCGGGCAGCUUCUGGGCCUCCACAGCAACAUGAAGGACGUGAGCAUCCGAGUGGCUGAAAUCAGCAUCUACUCUUUGUCCAGUCAGCCCAUUGACCAUGAGGAUGGGAGCGUCCCCUCAGGCCCUAAAAUCAAAGCUUCAGAUCGCUCCCCAGACAUUGAUAACUACUCUGAAGAAGAGGAUGACAGCUUCUCCUCAGAGCAGGAAGCCAGCGAUGAUGCUGUGCAGGGUCAGGAUCUGUUUGAUGAAGAGGAUGACUUGAGGAAAACCAAGAAGGCUAGGAGGAAAAUGAUCCGAACCACAUCAAUAACCAGACAACCAAACUUCAAGCAGAAAUUUGUGGCUUUGCUGAAGAGGUUUAAAGUGACAGAGGAGGUCCUGGAUUCUGACCCUGUAGACCAGACCCAGGAGGUGGAGGAAGACCUGGGCUUGCUCUAUGACAGCCUGGAAGAGUGCAACAACAGUGACAGCGGCCCGGAGAUUGAGGACAAUGAGAGUGUGCACAGCACACCCAAGCCCACCCUGAGGCGUUUCUUUGAGGGAGUCUCUCAUUCUGGUUCCCAGACUGAGAUCGGCAGUCUGCACAGCCAGAAAGGGCAGGAUCAAGAGGCGGGCAGCCCUGGCGAGGCGGACAAGCGGAAGCCAGGAGUGCUGCGACCACAGGAAGAGCCAGGAGUGGAGGUCCCUGCAGUGGAGCUGGCUGCAGAGGAGCCGUGUUCACGGCUGGCCCCCGCAGAGGCUGCCACGAGGGAGGGCAGUGUGGACAGGCUGGCCCAGCUGGGACCCGGGACCAAAGCUGAGAUCCCCAGUGCUGUGUCUCCCAGCAAGGCAGAGAGCAAGCAGUUGUGGCGUCCCCGCAGCACCUCUGUGAAGGACCGGCAGAGCUCAAAGGGACAGGGUGGCCGCACCAGCAGCCUGGACAGUGAGAGCUCUCCAGACUCAUGGCACAGCACCCAGGUGCCCCGAAAGUCUGUUUACGAUCAGCUGAACCAGAUCCUGGUCUCAGAUGAGCAGCUCCCUGAGAGCAUUGUGCUGGUGAAUGUCGCUGAGUGGCAGGGGCAGUACGUGAGUGAGCAGCUCCAGGCGCACAAGCAGUUGGUCGUAUCCACCUGCUCCGUGGCGGACAUCCAGGCAGCCUUCAACACCACCGUGUCCCGCAUCCAGCGAUACUGUAACUGUAACUCCCACAUGCCUCCCCCAGUGAAGGUGGUGGUGGCAGGAGACCAGAGCUACCUGAGCGUUGUUCUCCGUUUCUUCGUGGAGCAGCUGGCCAGCAAGACACCCGACUGGCUCAACUACCUUCGCUUCCUGCUUGUGCCACUGGGCUCUCACCCUCUGGCCAAGUACCUGGCCUCGGUGGAUAACAAAUACAGCACUCUCUUCCUGGACACA